UUGUUGAUGUAAUGGCGACCACUGCUCUCAGGAUAAAUUUUAUUACCUAAACCAUCUUUACUGUGGGUUAUUUGGUCCCAAUGCUCAAGUUUGUUAAAAAUUUAGGGAAGUUUUCACCUUCUGCAGGAAAAUUGUCCAGAAAGAGAUCUGACAGUGUCUGUUUAGACAAUGAAAGUAUUAAUUUGUCAUCGAAUGCGCUCGCCGAUGGUAUCUAUGUUGUUCGGGACAAGGAUUUGGGAAAGUUACACAAAGCUGCUUGGUAUGGACAACUGGAAAAGGUUAAAGCUCUCGCCAGAAGAGAUCCAGUCCGCUGGAUAAAUGUCACAGAACGCCAUUGCAUUUGGCAUGUUGUCAAGGACAUGCUGCUGUUGUCCAAGAACUUUUGGCAUGGAAUGCUCGCACCAGCAUUAGUGAUAAAGAAGGUAAAACACCAUUUAUGAAGGCUGUACAAUGUGGCCAUUGUGAUGUUGUUGAAGUCCUGCUCAGUUACAAAGUGGAUGCAGAGGCUCGGGACAGCGAUGGAAACACCUGUUUGCACCUUGCCGUCCAAUACGCUCACCUGGAGAUUCUCGAUGCCAUGCUCAAUGCUCGGACAAAUGCAAAUCUUAAAAAUAUGGCUGGUAAAACACCGUUGCACUAUGCUGUGAUAGAAGACAAGAUUAAAAUUGCUAUGUCCCUUCUUCAGAACAGAGCUGAUGUAAAUAGCAUUGACAAUGAUCACAAAACAGCUUUGAUGUUAGCUUGUCAAGUGGGAAAUGAUAAUAUGGUCUCCCUUCUGUUGAGGUUUCAAGCAGCCGUCCAUGUUAAAGAUGCAAAUGGUUGGACAGCCAGUGAUCAUGCACUUAUAAAAGGCUACAAUGCUUGUGUUCAGUUGCUUGAAAGUUAUCAGAAAUCACAGAAGUUACAGUUUUCAGAAGACUCCAUUGAUUUGGAUGAGAGUCCUGCCGCUAGUAGCAGGCUGAAACAGUCGAGCCAUGGAUUAGCAAAAAGACGAGUCAGCAUGAGUCCUGCCCAUCAACCUGUUCCCAUCCCAAAACAGUCAGAAAAUAUGGAUGAUUCUGCUGAGGAAACGGGAACUCUUUCAAGCCAUUACAGUCAAACAAAGGACACCGGUUCUGACUGUUGGGGAGAUGAUACGGACAUCAGUCUUACAACUGACGACAAGAACAACAAAGGGCAAAUGCGUGUAAAUCUGGCCAAGUUGGUUCCAAAAUCAUCAGACAGUGAAGAUUUUGACAACCUGGAAAAUCCAUAUUCAACAAUUGAUAUCUCAAACAGAGGAAAUACAUUUGUUCCUGCAAAAACUUUCAAUGACAACGAAGAAUCCAUUGAAACAGGAAAUAAUGUUCCUUCCAAGGAAAACAAUCAAAUAACAGACAUUUUAAAUACAACUUCUGAAAACUUUAACACCGCCGCCAAAGAAGGAACUGCAGAACCAAUUUAUGCCACGGUCAAUAAAACCAAAAAAUUGACUGUUGAACAACAACGAGGAGAUAAGAAUGGAACUGCAUUUAUGGAUGAAUUAGGGCUGAGUGAUUCAGACGAUCUCAUCGAUGCCCCUGCGCCAUCUCCCUUCGAUCACAAACCAACUGGAAAUAGCGGUUUUGAUGGUGGAAGUGACUGGGAUAGUGUUGUUGCUGACGAUGCGUCAAAGACAGGUGAUCAACAGGAGCAGUUAUUCAACGAAGAUCUCUUUGCUGCGUUUAAUGAAAGGGUUCAGUCGAAGCCUCAACAAAAUCUCUUCCAUUCCGAUACCAACUAUUUUGGAGAGAAGGAUGAAAGCAAUGGUGAUUGUAAACAAAAUAAGGAUUUAAUCUCUCACAAACCUUUGAUUACGAAGAAUGAUUGGGAUUCUUCGUGUUUAUCGUCGCCACCGAAUUAUGAUACGAAUGAGUCGAACCACCAUAAAAAUGAGUCGAAUCAACCAAAAAGUGAAUCUAAUCAGCAUAAUUCCAAAGAUUUUUUGUGUCAAAUGUCUUUGAAUAAAGAGUCUGACAGUGGUGAUGAAGAUAGUGAUUGGGAUUCCCCUGCUAAUUCUACCAAUUUACCAAAAACAGAUGUUACUGGUGCCAGGCUUAACACCACAACAACCAAUAUGACAUCAAUAAAAGUCGAUCAAGAAGAGUAUUUACAGCGAACGUCGUCCUUGAGACGGAUGAGCUCGGCAGCAAAGAACUUGGAUAUGGCAGCAAGUAAAAUUAUUGCUUGUUCCAGCCAACCGUCUGAUUACCUUAUUGAAUCAUCAGGUUUGUACAAGAAUGCUUAUGAAGAAUUUGUUAGCAGCGUAGGACUUGUUGCUGAUAUGACUCCCGACCUAACUGCCAAGACACAAAUUAUGGAGAAACUGGACAGCAUCUCUGAUGUCUCGAGCCGUUUGCUUCUGGUUGCCAAUGCUGUCUCCACGGACCAAACUGACCACAGUGCAAAGAACAAACUCUCAGGUGCAGCAAGAUUUGUCACCGAAUGCAUUGACCAACUGAUCAAUGUUUGUUCUGGAAUUGAAACGGAGGAAGAGGUUGAAGAGAAUAAUGGAGGGGAGUCUCAGCAGGUGAAUGAGGGCUUCCUGUUUGUGAGAGAUUCUCAGUUAUCAAGAUCUAUGGGUGAACUGCGUCAGAGCUACUUAUAUGAACCCGAUUCAGACGGCAAUGUUGUCGAGGAAGAAAACAGUGUUGAACCAUUUUCAAAAGAUAAAGUUGAUGCCAACAUGAAAAAUGCUGCUGCAAGUGUUGCAAAACUCUCAGAAGAGACAUUGUUUCAAAUGCGGAAAGAAUCUUUAGAAAGUACAGCAGUGCCAUUGUCUGUUGAAAAGAAAAAAGCCUGUAUUGCGGGGGGAAGUAUAGAAACCAAAGAUAAAUGUCUUGGAGACAGUGAAGAAAUGAAACUUGUUACGACUUUGGAAGAACCUAAAUUAAAUGAGACACCAAAAGGUAUUGAGUCUACCGUGUUGGCAGCACCGUCUCUUCAACUGACUGCAGACAUUCAACAGUCCAUUCCUCAAGGAAAGAAACCCACAGAAACUGUGUUGGAGGAUUUUGCUGGUUUUGGUUUUCUGGAUAGUUCCGAUGUUUUGAAAGACGAUGAUAUGUUGUCUGUGACUUCAUUUGAGACAGAAAAUAAUCUCUCAACAGUGAAUUACGAGAAAGAUGUCUUGAUGAACCUCAACCUAAAUGACCCGACAUCUGCUGCCAAACUCCAGCAGUACAUCAACGAUUGUCGUCAAAGACUGAAAAAGGAAAAAAACCAACGAACUCUGAUUGAAAACCAAUAUCGUGUGCUGCAAGAAGACAACAAGAAUAUGCAAAAGAAACUGCAAGUUGUAUCUCAAGAGAAAGCUGCUCUGGAACAAAACAAAAUUGGUUUAGAGGCAAAGAUCAGUGACAUGAAAUAUAAAUUGGCUGAGGAAUCUGACAAAUGCAAAGACGAAGAGAUUUUAUUGGGUCAGUGUAAGAAACAGCAAGAGAAAGUGGAACAGCUUUAUAGAAAAGAGUGUGAAGAUAAGCAGGAGGUUGACCAUUGCUUGUAUCAAACUCAGCUGGAACUAAAAUGGACGAAAAAUUCAUUGCAACGUCUUGAGAGUGAAAACGAGGAAUUACAUUCACAACGGGACCAGCUGAUGCAAGGAGGGGGAGGAAAACAGAGUCAGACAUCUCACCUUUACAUAUCUCAACUGACCCAAACAUCAGAAAGUUUACCUGAUCAGAAUUUCUCUGUGGAAAUGGUUCAGCUGAAGGAAGAAAAUCAGAAACUUCGAGAAGAAAUGUCUGAGUUAAAGAUGUCAAGAAGCCAGAAGCAAUUGUCUGAGACUGUGGAACUGCAUCGAGUCAUUGAAGAAUUGCAAGAAGGAAAGAAAACUGCAGAGAUGCUGACAAAAGACAUCCAGCAUCAGAUGGAGUUGAAAGAAAAUACUUCCAGCUUAGAAAAACGGCAGAUGAAUGAUAAUCUUAAAAGACUUCAGGAAGAACGGGAUAAACGUGAGCAGGACUUGGUUCAAGUGCAAGGGGAACGGGACGGCCUGAAACAUGAUUUGGCCACUUACCAGGAGAGGCUGAAGAAUAUGGACAGGUUACAUCAACUUAAAAUCAAUGACCAAGAGAGACUGAUAAGCCAGUUAAGAAUGGAAUUGGAGAAAGAACAAUCAACAAACAGAGAACUUCAAGAUUGUUUAUCUUCAGCUAAAAAACAAAUUUCAAAAUUACAAAACAAGGAAGAAGAGAUGAAAGCUGUGUUGGCUGAGCAGAAACAUCUUCUCCAAGAAAACAAAUAUAAAAGAGACAAUUUACAGGAAGAGACCAAGGAGAAGCUUUUAUCAGCAGAACAUGCCAAGGAACGUCUUGAAAGUGAUCUGAAGACUUUGCAGUUGCAAAAGAGUGACCUGGAGAUUGAACUACGCCGGGAAAAAGACAAAGUCAAGAUAUUCCAGAGAAAUUUUGAGAAACCACAAAAUGAUGACAAGGAGUCUCUCAUCCAUGACCUUCAAAUCAAAGAUGCUCAACUCCAAGGGAAAUUAGAACACGAAAAACACAAGAGUGCCAUGAUGCAGCGACUUUUAGACGAACACUUGGCUCAUCCUAAUGCAAAUGUCAGUACAGUAAGAGAGGAAGAGAAACUUCAGGAAUCGACAGAAACAGUUGAAUCAUUAAAGAUGACAACCGAAUCAAAGCACAGAGACAUUGCACUUGAAGAAGAGAUCAAAGAGCUGAGGUUUCAACUGAAAAAAGAAAAAGAAUAUUGGAACAAACGUUUGGAGCAAGAGAGGAAAAUGAUGAAAUCACAACUAGAAAAAGAGAGACACAAAGUAAAGUUGUUGCAGGAGAAACAGAUCAAUUCUGAUGUUAAAAUCGAAGAAGAGGAAGAGAAGAACCAUCUUCUUCAGUGUGAAAUUACAGCUUUGAAAUCCAGAACGAAACCCAAAGACAAUAUGACUGGAAACCAUCUUUCAUAUUCUCUUCCGCUACAAUCUGAUAUGGUAUUUGACGAUAGAUUCAAUGCAACGGAUGAUUUUAGAUACCAGAGACAUCCUCAGCUUGACAAACAACUCCGGAUUGAAUUAAGUAAAAAACUGGAAGAGGUCAACCAUUUUCUACAACAACAACACGAACAAUAUGAAAAACUGAUGACCGAGAAAGAGAACAGAAUUUCUGCUGACAAGAACAAGUUACAGAGUGAAUUGCAUCAGAUGCGACUCAACUAUGAGAAUGCUUUAUCUACGAAAAGUCUGCAAGAGCAAGAAGCAUUACAUUUCCGAGAACUCUACUUGAAAGAAUUAAGCCGUUACCAAGGUGCUCAACCGAUCUUUUAUGGCGGAUAUGAUCCACUCUGGAGGUUUGCUUCGUUAAACUAUAGGAUCCCGGAGAAGUCUCCCCUUGAUCUCAACAGUUCCAUUCUGAAUUCUUCAUCAAAGUUUCACGCAAGAAAUGCCAGUAUGAAUUCUACCCCAAGUGAAGUGGGUCAAGUGAACCAGGAAUACAACGAUGUCUAUGGCAAACUCAAAGAAGAGAUGCAUCGAAGCAUUAAAAGACAUCUGGAAGCCCCUCCUUUUGAUGAACAACUGUCAUGUGACCCCACAUAUAUGAAAAUGUCGCCAUUGACUGUACUGCAAGGUUCUGCCGUAAAACCUUUGGGCCUGAUUGAGUUAAACAACGCCUUGUCUCAGUCGAAAGCAGACUAUUUAACCUUGAUGAAACACAAAUAUUGUUUAUGAAAUCAUGUUUUAUCCAGUCUCGUUGCUGUGGUUACCGAUUCCACAGACGUUUCACAUCACCCCUGUUAUAAUUUCACAAGGUUUCGCUUGUUUAUCACCAUUUCCUCAUUUGAAUUUCUUCAACUAAAAUCUAAGGCUAACAACAGCAAGAACAACAACAAUCAUCCUCCCAAAUGACGUUUUGUUAGAAUUAAUUCCUUGAAGUUCUACCAACGUCACACAUCGACAGAACGCUCUGUUAAUGAGAAAACAUAUAUAUAUAUAUAUGUGUAUAUAU